AUGAAAUUUCAAGAACCAAGCACAGAUAUACAAGAAGUAUGUAGUGAAGCUACGGACGACUCGGAUGUUGAUGUUGGUUCAUUAGGAGGAGAUAGUUCGCAUAAAACACAUACUGUUUCAACUAAUAAUGUUAUUGCACGCAUGAGCUUACCUACUCAAGAGGAAAGGUUCUUACAAUUUCAACCUCAGGACUUUCCAAAUCUUUUGAUGCCCGUUAAUCCUAGUAGCAAUAAUAUAGAACGUUCACUUAUACUUCGUAAAGAUUCGGAUCUUGCAGUAACUAUAAAUAGAAUGACAACAGCUUCUCGAGCUGGUUUAGAUUUGGCAAGUCUUAUUACAGGAUUUGCCUUGGAAACCGCAAAAUUAUCUAUGAGGGCUGGUUUGGGUAUUGCGAAAACUGUUACCGGUGUAAUAUCGGAUAGAUUGGUUCAAACUAUAUCAAGGGAUGGUAAAUGCGGACUUAUUGAUACAUCAACGACUCUAUUACAUCACACAUUAAAUAUAACCGAACAAGUUGCAUUAGUUAGUUUGGAAUUUGCGACUGAUACAGCACAAUUCGCUUUUGGCACUACAAAUGAAUCGAUGACCAUAAUUGAUACCUUGUUCGGUACCACGGAUGCGGCAAAGGCUUUAGCUGAAUUCGUUCAAUUGGUAAAAAGAGAAUUCAAUGUAAGUUAUGAGCAAGAUGAUAAUUUAGAAGAUAACCUUGGUGCCUUUGGAGCUUUUCGUGUGAUAAAAGCGUUAACUGCUUGGGCUUGUUUACAAUACGUUACAAAUUCUAGAAUGGAAAAUGAAAAAACAGGAUGGAAGAGGGUUAAAUUGGUAGAUCUUUCUGAUAUGUACGAUUGGGUACAUAUAUCAAAGUCUGAGACUGAAGAUAUGAAAGAAAACAUUUAUGAUGAAUUAGAAUAUUUGUUACUUGAAGAUGAAGGGGAUGAAGAAAUGGUGAUUAUAUCAAAUAAAUCAAAUAAUAUAGUUAUAGGUGAAUUGACACCAAAAGAAGAAAUACCUGGUUUUAGAUUUAGUAUGUCGGAUGAAAAAUCUAAACGUUUAAGUGACAUUUAUUUAGAUGCUACUAAAAGAUUAAGUAAUCCUUAUUUAGAAGAAUAUGAGUUUCAAACCGAAGAUGAAAAGUUAUUUUCCUUACUUCAUAAUUUAAAAAGAUAUUCAAAAUUUGGUAGUAGCGCUUAUGAUUUUAAAACCGCUAUUAUUGAUAAAAUACCUUUCCCAAGAUUCCCAAUUAAAUCACAGAGGUGGAAGGAACGUGGUAGAUUACAUAGAUUUUCAUUCGCGUCUAAUACCGAUUUACCAUUUGAUAGUAUAGUUGAUUCAUCACACACAAAGACACCAAAAAAUCCAAGUAAUUAUCAACCAUCUUAUUUCAUAAUAAGAGAUCAUACGACCGAAAGUAUUAUAUUAGCUCUAAGAGGUACGAUGAGUAUACAUGAUUUAAUUGUUGACCUUACUUGUGAGUAUGAAGAGUUUCAAUUACCCGAAGAUGUACAACGUGGCAUUGAAACUAAACAUAAAGUACAUAAAGGAAUGUUUCAAGUUGCAAAAAGUCUUGCUGAACCCGGAAAAACCGGUGUUUAUGAAGUUUUGAAAAGGGAAUUAGAAGCUAAUGAAGGUUAUGGUUUGGUGUUGGUUGGUCAUUCCCUUGGUGCUGGUGUUGCAAGUUUAUUGGCAUUGCUGUUGGCUUCGCCUACGACGCGUCAAACGACAGUAUGGUCACGUCUUCCACGUGGUCGUAGAGUACACGCAUACGCUUUUGCGACACCAUGUGUAAUGUCCGCCGAGUUAUCAAAACGGGUACGUCCAUUGGUAACUUCAGUAGCAUAUGGUAAUGAUGUAGUCUGUCGAUUAUCGUUAGGACAUGUAAGAGAUUUAAGGAAUAUGGUAAGAUUUUUGGGAUCUAAUAAACAAAAAGAUGGGGAAGAAGGACAGGAAACGGCAAGUAAAAUUAUAAGAAAAGUACUAGAUUAUCAAAGUCGAACGUUUUUUGCAAAUACCGAAGAAGGUAGAAAAGAUAAAGAAGAGUUUGAGAAUUUCUUUUGGAGAGCACGACAAGAUGUUUUUAAACAUAUGCAAAAUGAAAAAUUAUAUCCGCCCGGUACAGUUUAUUGGAUUAUCGGAAAUGAAAGAAAACCUUAUUGUGAUGCUCGUGAUGACGAUGAAGCAGAAGGGAGCAAUAAAGAAGAAGAAAAUGCUUCUGACGUUAAAGGAAACGGAAACGAAAAAGAAUGUAAUGUUAACAACGAUGAUGAUAUAUUUGAGAAAAAGGGUAACAUUACGACGAGUUCUGGCAAACAGUAUAUAAUGUUGGAAAUUGAUGAUGUUUCAAAAAUUUUUGAAGAAAUUUGGUUUUCCUCUCAUAUGAUGUUUGAUCAUCUCCCUCAUAUGUAUGAAAGCGUAUUGAGGAAGUUAAAGGUUGCAAGUACCUCAAAACAAAUUAGGAUAACAACAAAUAAUUCGUUGAGAUUACAUCCAAAAUUUGGAAAGAAUCAAAAUUUACCAAUUGAUGAUGAAUUUAAGGAACGUUUAAAAAAAUUAUUGCAUAAUUUUCAAGCACCUAUCCGAUACGUCAUUGCUUAUGGUAGUGGCGUAUUUCCGCAACAAGGUAGCGGUGCUAUAACUAUUUUACAAGAAAAAUUUGGUGCCGCUGGUAGAAUGCAUAAACCAAUUAAAAUAUUAAGCGAUGAUGCAAGGGUCAGAUUAGCACAAUCGCAUAAAACAGAUACUGUUUCGGCUAAUAACGUUAUUUCACGCAUGAGCUUACCUACUCAAGAGGAAAGGUUCUUACAAUUUCAACCUCAGGACUUUCCAAAUCUUUUGAUGCCCGUUAAUCCUAGUAGCAAUAAUAUAGAACGUUCACUUAUACUUCGUAAAGAUUCGGAUCUUGCAGUAACUAUAAAUAGAAUGACAACAGCUUCUCGAGCUGGUUUAGAUUUGGCAAGUCUUAUUACAGGAUUUGCCUUGGAAACCGCAAAAUUAUCUAUGAGGGCUGGUUUGGGUAUUGCGAAAACUGUUACCGGUGUAAUAUCGGAUAGAUUGGUUCAAACUAUAUCAAGGGAUGGUAAAUGCGGUUUGGAAUUUGCGACUGAUAUGGCACAAUUCGUUUUUGGCACUACAAAUGAAUCGAUGACCAUAAUUGACACCUUGUUCGGUACCACGGAUGCGGCAAGGCUUUAG